AUGGCAGUAGUAUUUUCUGGGUUUUUAGUUUCUGAUGAAAAUACUAUUGGUAUUCCUAAUAAACUUGGUUAUCGUCUCAUUCAAAUUGCGAUUCGAUAUGAAGAUUAUGUUUUAAGAGGAACUGAUAAGACAGGUGUUUAUGAUAUUAUUGAUUCAAAUAUUAGAAUUGCAUUAUGCUUGAAUAUUGAAAAAUUAUCAGCAUUGUUAUUUAGUAAAGAUGCAAUUGACUUUGGAUAUGUUAGAUUUUACAUGAUAACAUUACCUUAUUUUACUACACCAGAGACUGUACUUCAUUUUAUUUGUGAUAACAAUUAUUUAAAAUUGACGCAUUUAAAAAGUAUAUAUGAAACAGUUUGUUUUGAAUUUAUUAAGUUUUGGCAACACGCAUUAUCUCCUAAUGAGAUUAGCCAAAUUGACAUUUCAUUAAAGAGUACGGUUGAAACAGUUGAUGAGUAUAAUCAUAUUGCACAUUCUUUUGAAGAACAAAUUACUUCACUUAUGUAUGAUAAAUUAAAAAAAUUAACAAUAACUGAAAUAAUAGAAACAACAGAAAAUGAAUUAGAAAAUUUAAGUAGUAAUUUUAAUAAAUGGGUAAAGAAUAUAUUAAUAAAAAAGCAAGAUUAUCAAAAAAUGUUAAAAUAUGCUGACACAUUUCUUAAUUUAAAGAACUAUGAUUGUGCGUAUUCUAUUUACUGUGGAUUAAAAAGUUAUAGUUGGAUAAAGGAAAAGAAAAGGGAAAAAUAUAUCAAAGUUAUUGAAAAAAAUGAUACAUUCAAAACACUUAAUAAAUUAUUUGAUCUUACAACACAUCAUAACGUUUAUAAAGAUCUUAUUCUACAUACAGAACCACCAUUUAUUCCUAUAAUUGUAUUAAUUAAACAAGAGUUAAUGAGAAUAAAUGAUAUACCGACUUUUAUGGAUAAUGACAAAAGACUUAUUAGAAUAGAAGGUAAAUUAAGAAUAGUAUAUACCUGUAUAAAUCUGUUAAUUCGUGGAUGUUCUCAUAACUAUAAUUUUUAUACUCAAAAUAAUAAUGAAGUAAUUAAAGUACUUCAUUCAUUAGAUUAA